UGGGAGUGUGUCAGACAUAUGUGCGACAUGGGCGGGAAUAAAUAUGUGUUUAUAAACCCCCAGUGUGUGCUUAGUGGGGCGGAAACACUUCACUGUGGCAACGAGCGGAGACGACGAGGAGAGGGGAUGGGAGACGCGUCGCAUGAGCGUCAGCUCUGGUUCUCCAAGGGUCUUUGGGGGUUUGGCUAGAGGAGGCGCGUUGCAGUCUGACCCCUCCAUACCACCUGUGUGGAUGACCACUUCAACAUCAUCCGACAGCGUUAAGAACCACGGUUACUCAAAGACGGAGAUGGGCGUCAUUUCAAUGGAGAACAUGUUGGAGGAGUCAAUGGCGCUUUCGAGACACCUGUCCAUGGAUCGAUUUGAGCAAGAGCUCGGCUGCGAGAGGGUGGUUAUCAACAUUUCAGGUUUGCGAUUCGAAACUCAACUAAAAACUUUCAAUCAGUUUCCCAAAACGUUGCUCGGGGACCGGAGAAAGAGGAUGCGUUACUUUGACCCACUGAGGAACGAGUAUUUUUUUGACAGAAACCGACCCAGCUUUGAUGCCAUUCUCUAUUAUUACCAGUCGGGGGGGCGCAUCAGGAGACCUGUUAACGUGCCCAUUGACAUCUUCUCUGAGGAGAUCAAUUUCUAUCAACUCGGGGAAGAGGCUAUGGAAAAAUUCCGGGAGGAUGAAGGAUUCAUAAAAGAAGAGGAACGUGUUUUACCAGAUAAUGAAUUCCAAAAGCAGGUUUGGCUUUUGUUUGAGUACCCUGAAAGCUCUGGGCCAGCUAGGGGAAUAGCCAUAGUCUCCGUGCUUGUCAUUUUAAUCUCAAUUGUUAUAUUCUGUUUGGAGACCUUGCCUGAGUUUCGGGAUGACAGAGACCCUGUCACUGUGGCACUUACCGUCAACGGGACGGCCUCCUACCACGUAAAUCCAUUCACCGACCCUUUCUUUGUGAUAGAGACACUUUGCAUAAUAUGGUUCUCUUUUGAGUUGCUGGUCAGGUUCUUCGCGUGCCCCAGCAAAUCCACGUUCUCAAAAAACAUAAUGAACAUAAUCGACAUUGUCGCCAUAUUUCCCUACUUUAUCACUUUGGGGACAGAACUGGCUGAGAAGCAGGGUAACGGUCAGCAAGCCAUGUCCCUGGCCAUUCUCAGAGUGAUAAGGCUCGUGAGAGUCUUUCGCAUCUUCAAGCUCUCCAGGCACUCUAAGGGGCUACAGAUUUUAGGGCAGACACUAAAGGCCAGCAUGAGGGAACUUGGACUGUUGAUAUUUUUCCUUUUUAUUGGAGUUAUCCUUUUCUCAAGUGCUGUUUACUUUGCUGAGGCCGAUGACCCGUCAUCCAGUUUUACAAGCAUCCCAGAUGCGUUUUGGUGGGCUGUGGUCACCAUGACUACUGUCGGAUAUGGAGACAUGCACCCUGUGACCAUUGGUGGCAAAAUUGUUGGGUCAUUGUGUGCUAUUGCCGGAGUGUUAACUAUUGCUCUCCCUGUGCCAGUUAUUGUCUCCAACUUCAAUUACUUUUACCAUAGGGAGACUGAUGGAGAAGAGCACGCACAGUACUUGCAUGUCAGCAGCUGCGAGCACCUACCCUCAGCCACAGAUGAGCUGAAAAGGACUCGUAGCACCUCAUCUCUGGACAAGUCGGAAUAUAUAGAGGAGGGCAUCAACAGUGGGUAUAAACAGCCCAACUUCACCAAUGAGAAUAGCCAAAACUGCGUGAACAUCAAAAAGAUAUUUACGGAUGUGUAAACGCUUUCACUUUAUAUGGAUUAUGACGAUAGAUAUGAUACAGUUGCGACGACAAUUUUUUCUAUGAUGGCUAAUCGUGACGUGUCGGUGCAUAAUGUGUCUGCCAGGUGGAGUGUGCACCGCUAUAGUGUACCAGACAGGUUCAACCGUACUGUGAUCGUUCGAUUCGUCCUUCAGUCAAAAAUAGGUGUUGAUGUUCGAUAGGUUGUAAGUGUUGCAUAUUUACCCCCCGAAUCUAAACAGAGUUGUCGUUGUGUUUUUUUGAUGGGGAAAGUUCAGUUAUCAGUGUUCAGUGUUCUUGUCAUGAAUAGCAAUAUAAUCUACAAUGUCUGUAUGAUGUCAUUUUCAUCAGAUGAUAACAUCUGAAUGGGCAACCUAUGCGUAUUGGAAAUAUCAUGGACAUAACAUACUGCACUAUGAGAGCAGACUGAGUAUUGUUUAGGCUCUUAUUGUUCUGAUCUGAUACAAAAGGGAAUUUAGGCUACGUAUUUGUUAUAUGUUUACAAUGUUACUUUUAGCAUUACAGUUACAUUACAGCCUAUGCCAAUUUUUGUUAAAGAUAUGGCAGGGAUCAAGACUGUGGAAUGCCUUUGAUAAAAUACCUGCAUAAAAUCUAAAUGUAUCAUUACGCAGUAUAUAGGCUAAAAUAUUUUGUAUAGUCUACAAUUGAUAGUGGUACUAAUCCUUGGUAAUCGAUGUAUCUUAUUAAAAUUCGAUCCUAAGGCUGUCAUCAGCACUAUUUGGAAUUUAUUUUCCUACAAAACAUGACUUCAAGACUGUUUCCAUCAUGGAGGAUAGUGUGAGCACAUUGAUGAAGACAUGGACACAAUGCAUAGUGCGAGUGGAUAGAAGAAUGAAGAGCGGCAGUCAUGCCCCCUGGAUGCGACUGAGCCCGCGUUGUGGUGCAGUCGCCAUGACGACUACACAUUCAUGGGAUGGAAAUUUUCAUCGCCCCAUCUCAACCUGCCAACAACAAUCAUCCAACCGACAAUGCGCCAGUAAAACACCUCUACUCUGGAGGCCUACAGGAGGAUUGCCCUGACACAUCACUAUGGGAUUCAAGCUCCACCAGCACAACCCUCCACCAACACAAACCUUCCACACAUACACACGGUACUGUACUGGCCCGGAGAGAGACGCCAGAGGCAAGGUGCCACGGACACAGUGCCUUCAUCUGACACCUCACCUCCCGUCCAAUGGACUGCCUGGGGGAAAGGAGCAUGUGCUGCACUCUGUCUCUUCCCUAGUGUCUUAGUCCUGGAAUAAGAUCCCAGAGAGACCUGUACAAGAGGACACACUGUGUAUGUUGCUGUUAUGUAUCUCCCUAGUCUUCAGCAGGCCUGUGUUUGGUCUAUAGCUACCCCCAGUGGAGUAGAGGACUGAGGUCAGGUUUUGUAGCAUCACCAUGUACUCAUGGUGUGUUGUCGUUGUCCCAGGACAAAAUGUAAGCACAUAAAUGUCUCUGCAAAUCAGACAGCGUUUGCAUGUUGUCGCUUAAGUGAAAAUAAUUUCAGGGUCACAAAUUGGGAUUGUUCACCUCUUUGAUCAAAUGUAUUUAACACACUUACACGUGCGCAAGCACACACACACAUAUUAUUGCAUUCCUCCACUGGCACCUUAAUCGGGGAGGACGACCUUGUGGUAAAGGCUGGAGCGGAACUUGUGGAAUGGUAUCAAAUACAUCCAAACACAUGGUUUC